AUGGCUUUGAUUGUCAUCCUGGCCAUCACGAUCCCAAUCACGAUCCUCGGAUUCCUGCCAUUAAUGACCCUAAAACCAAUGCAUAUGCAAAUCUACUGGAUUUUAUACGUCAUGCAAAUGUUUGCUACGGUAUUGGUGAUCGGCAUCUUGAUCUUGAUCUUCUUUGUACUUCCGGAAAAUACCUUCAGCAAGGACCACCAUAUGGAUGUGCCAAAGACUGUUGGAGGAAUUUUAGCCAUCUGUCUCCUGGCGGCCCUUGUCUUGGCCUAUGUUUUCUGGCGUGGCUCGGUGACCUAUUCGUAUUACAGAUACAUACGCGAUCGCCAGCUCGCCAUCGAGCACCAGGGCUCCAACCUCGCCCAUGCAGCCGAUAAUUUGGCUCAUGAUAUUGAAAACCAACAAUCAACAAUCAUGUGGUGCUGGCAUCCGACGCACAUCCACCCUCGCACCCCGAUCCGCGAGGAGAACUACCAUUGCUGCUGCAAGCUCGGCAAAGCCAAGAUCGGUUUCGCCGUCUUCCUCAUCCUUGAUGCUGUCUUCCUCGCCUUUUUAAUCCUCUCCGUGAUCCUCGGAACCCCCGAUGCCCGACUGCCUACUGCAAUGAUCUUCGCCUUCUGCCUCCCGAUCAUGUUCCUCGGAAUCAUGGCCCUCAUCACCCAGAAGCCCAUGUUCAUGCAGGCAUACGGAGUGGCAUACAUCGUCCAACUGGUGCUCCUCACCCUCUCCAUCCUCACCUACACCUUCAUCUACCUGUCCGACACUGAGGGUAAGGCCACCGAUUUCCCACGUGCCAACGAAGACCCGCAUUCACCAAAGCAGGUUCGAUACACCGUCAGCAUCGCCGUUGGGGCCCUGAUCUUCCUGUUCCUCCGCGGAUGGAUCACCCUCAACUACUACAAAUUUGUCAGGGAUCGCCAACUGGCCCUGGAGACCGUUGGCCAUAGCCUGACCAGCCGCUCGGAUGUCGAGUACCAGGAGGGGAAACUCGUCAGA